GGCGUAAGUCUUGCCAAACUUCGUCCCCGCGGUUUGACCUUCCAGUGGACGUUUUCGGUGAUGCGAAGUGCGAAUAUGGUGAUGACGAUGGGAGGGGAAGUAGAGCCCAGAGGCCGGUCUAGAAGUGGACAAAGUGGGCGAUCUCGCGGCCCGAGCUGCAGGAAGCGAGGAAUACGUCCUCCCCGGCUCUCUAUUUUGCUGGUGAUGGGCGUAGUCGUCGUGUUGGCUCUCGAACAGAGGAUGGUGAUGGCGCUGCUGACCCCGCGGGAGCUGCUAAUGAGUAUGCGUAUCAACCAUCUGCGGGAUCAAGCGGACAUAGACGACCUCGACAGAGAGGGUGACCUGGAUUGCGCCGCAGAUAAGCGGAUGGAUGCUAUUACCUCGGCGGGCGGGGCGUGCGUAGGAGAUAACAAAGCGGCGUUAGCUGCAGCUAACGAGUGCAAAUGGUUUGGAGAUUACGACUACGCCGUGGAGCUUGUGUCUUGUGGAGGGGAUAAUCCUUUUGAUGGGUGGGUGAGUAACCCAACCACGCGUGCUGUACUUCUGGACCAAACGUACAAGGACAUCGGUGUAGCCAGGCGUAGCGCGAAUGGGGCGACGUACUGGGUUGUCAUUCUCGGUACCAGCUAGAAGCUCGGGACGCGGACCAACGAGAGGAGGGACAGGAAAAGGAUUGGCAUGCGCUUGGGCCAGAUUAGAUUAGGAAGCAAACCACAUGCAGCGAAGAAGAUAAGCCACGGCCCACACUCUGAGGAUGGACAGUUCGAGAUUGACGAAUGGGUGGCCACGAUCUACGGAGGAAAUUUCUGGGGAAUGUAUAUAUCAGUUGUCCCAAAUUUCUCUUCUUUUUGGAGGACCGGUUUGACGUACUCCUCGCCCUAUUGUUGUAAUCUGGCCUGAGAGGACAGAUAGCGAUAAUUGCCUUUUGUGUCCUUGAUUGUUCGACACAAUCGACACUGUGUGCGUGUUUUGUGUUCUUGUGUGUGUGUGUGUGUGUGUGUGUGUGUGUGUGCGAGCUAAACACUAGCAUAAUUGUGUUGAGGGUACUUGUAGAAAGGUUUUUGCUAUAGACGUGCUAUCCAUUGCUGUCGUACUUGGCUAACUUGCCCACUCUAUACGAUGAUGCGAUUCAUUGCCAUCGUACUUGGUUGAAUCCGCCACCCUGUACUUUGUUGAAUCCGCCACCCUUCUCGGGCCCUUAACUAGCAGAGGACAGUUUCCUGAUCGGUUUCUCUCCGUCCGUACGUGUGUGUGUGUGUGUGUGUAUGUGGGUGCGCGCACGUGGACGUUUAAGGCUACGACAGGUGGUGGAAGCACUCUGCCAACGGGACAGGGACAUGUAAAGAUGUGUUAUGUGAUAUCCACUGUCCAGUGCAAAUAGUAGACAAGAACACUGUAUAAAGCCGUUGAAAAUAGGGUGAUAGAGGGGUUCAAUGGUUCAUUGUGCUAGAAGAAAGGGUGGCUACAACACCUCUGCAGUUCGUUGUGGGAAGAAGACUGAUAAGUUUUGUUGAGGUGAAUGCAUGAGGGAAUGGUGCUGAAGAGUUCAAUGGCCUCAGUGGCCUGCGGUUGGACAAGACGUUAGGUGGACUGGUCAGCUUCUAUUUCCUAUUUUUUGCGAUUGGGAUUGGUUGUAGCUCUGUAGUGGUUUUGGCGUUCGAAACCGACUCUCGAUGUUUGAGCACUGUACUCGUCUUGGCUAUUGAGAAGUGCUCUUGCGAUGUUUGCUACCUUCAUUGUGAAGAUGGAGGGUGUAGAUGUUGAUAUGGCUGUCAAUAAUCGUCUUCCCGAUGAUGAAGGAAGAACAUGAUUGGGACUGGGAAGAGCUGCAGCCUAAAGGAGGCGGUCGGUCAUUGUCGAUCUUCCGCCAGCUGGUUGACAGUUUGGGGGGAUUGUAUUACAUUACACAUGUUAAACAGUGUUAACUUUUUUUGUCCUUUGGUUUUGAAUGACAAAAAGUGGUAGUACUACAGUACCACUACUACAAUACCUGGAAAUGGAAUUCUAGUAUUGCUUUCUCAGCCGUUGUGUGGGUGGGUUUGGAUUCUUUGGAAAAUGAAACCUUCCCGCGAUG